AUGCUCGGCAGGUUCCUUGAGGUGAAGCGCGCGUUGAGGGCGAUGGUAAUCAGCGAGGAAUGGGAGGAUGUAGCAGUGGCACGGACGGAGGAGGGGAUGGAGGUUAGGAAGCUGCUUUUGGACGACGUUUUUUGGGACUGUGGGACGGCCGUGCACCGCCUCAUGACUCCCAUCUACGAGGUUCUCCGCGCCGUCGACACACGGGCUCAAGUCAUGGGGCAGCUGUACGGCCUCAUGCUUGAAGCCACGGUGAAGACUAAUGCGGCGGCUGAGACGGCUGCCGCACACUUCAUCAAGCGGACGGGUCUGCUAAUGCCGAAGGACAAGAGCACUUUCCUCACCUCCAUCAAGGCGAUCAUUGCCAGGAGGUGGGACGCACGACUGCACAACCCCCUGCAUGCCAUCGGUUGGCUCCUCAGCCCCCGUAACCUGUACAUUGGGGAGGUAAGGAAUGACAAGGAGAUUAGGAAGGGGGUGGAUGAGGUAAUCCAGGCCCGGGGCGGAGAUGUGCAGCAGCGCAUAACGCUAGUUGCACAGGUGGCUCAGUUUCACCGAGGGGAGGGCAGGUUGGGCUCUGACGAUGCCCGUUGGGCAGCAACUACCUUGGUGGAGGCGGGGCGCAUGACGGAGGCGGAAUGGUGGUUCCUGUUUGGUGGGGAGGUGCAGGCGCUCCAAGACCUGGCUGUGACGUCUUUGUCACAGCCAGUCACCUCCGAAGUGGAGAGGUACUGGUCGGCGCUAGCACGUGUGCAGAGGCGCGACCGGAACCGCCUCACGGCGAAGAAGAUGAUUGACGUCACCUUCGUCGCCUUCACCCGGCGGGCCCGUGAUGCCUUUGAUCGAAAGGCAGCCCUGCGUUCCAAGCUCUAUCAGGACCUGGGCAACGGCACCCUCAGGGAAGGGGCUGCCAUCAUCCCGGCCGAAGUGGAGGUGGAGGAAGGGGAUGCGGAGGAGGAGGCACCCGUGGAGGAGGAAUGCACCAUUGAUUGGUCGGAAUUUGGGAGCAUCGGCAAGAAGAGGAAAGGGAAGGCGGGUAAGUCAUCUAAAGGGAAGAAGAGGGGGAAGGGCAACGGUGCAUGCAAGGGAAAGGGGAAAGGAAAAGCAGGGGAUGCAGAGGAGGAAGAGGAGGCGGAAGAGAGCGGUGGGGAGGAGGAAGAGCCUGCCCUGAAUCCCAAGGGGCGAUAUGCCUGGGAUUGCAGCGACGGUUCAAGUGGGGAGGAGGAGGAGGAGGAGGAGGAGGAGGAGGAGGAGGAGGAGGAGGAGGAAGAGGAUGACGAGGAGUAUGACGGGAAAACGGAGGGGGACGGGAAUGGGGAUGGUGCGUGGAAGGAUGAGGAGGGUGGGGAAAGGGACGGCGGGAUGGUGUGUGGGAGUGGUGUGAGAGAGAAAGGUGGGGAGCGGAAGGGAAUGGAAAAUGGGCUGUGUGAAAAUCGCUUGCGGAUGAGUAGAGGAGGAGGUGGAGGAGCAGAGGAGGGGGAGGUGGGGGAGGUGGGGGUGGUUUUGGAAGUGGAGGUGAGAGGAGUGGUGCUGGGGGAGGGGUGGGGGGUGGAUGACGUGGCAGCAACAGUUGAAGCAGCUUCUGAUGUGCUGAGAAGAGCCAAGACUGUGCAGGGCUUCCGGCAGCUGUACCAGGAGACCGUGCAGGGCUUCCGGCAGCUGUACCAGGAGGCAGAGAGGGCACGGGUUGUGGGGCCUAUGAGUGCUGCAUGGGAGAUGCAGGCAGAGGAAGGCGAUGAGGGAGUGGAGGAGGGAGGAAAGGAGGAUGAAGCGGGGAAAGCGACAGGAGGAGGAGAAGGUGUAGCAGGUAUGGAGGGAGUUGUGCCUGAGGGUUCUGUUAAGAAUGGAGGGAAAAGUGAGUGUAAUGAUGGGAAUUCGAAGGCAGGAGGAAAGAAGAGGAAGCGAGGCAAGUAA